CACUCACCGGCGCCAAUUCACAUCCGUAUCUGUUUUCUCGGCUCCCAUCUCCCAUCUCCGAAUCAUGGGUUCGAGCUCGUCCAAGCCCUCGAACCCUGCGCCGCAUGUGUGGAAGGGGCCCACCCAACCCGGGGUAUCACGAGACCUUGCUGAGAUACUCGAGACUAGCAAUGAGACCGACGUAUCCCGCCUGCAAUCCCUCGAGCUCGCGAUCCAGGAGCGUGUAGGCGCCGAGCUGAAGCGCCUCCGCGCCCAAGAGGCUGACGCCCUGCGAGAGGCGCGACAAAAACUCUCGGACGAGCCGUCUACCGAGCUACAGCAGGGAGGCGAGGCCCCCAGCAGACACGCCGUCGCUAAGGCGGUCGAGGACCUACGCGUCAAGCUGGAGGAGCGCAGGAGGGUGCGCGAGGUGCCCGAGGGCGUGGACAAGGCGCGCAACGAGGUGGUGCGGUGCCUGCGCGAGAACGACCGGCGGCCGCUCGACUGCUGGCGCGAGGUCGAGGCUUUCAAGGAGGAGGUCAGGAGAAUGGAAAAGGGGUGGGUUGAUAAGGUUAUCAGCUAGGUUAUGGGGUUUGGAAUGAUUGGGAUUGCUGGCGGUGGUGGAUUGGUUCAACCGGGCCGUCUUUGUAUUACUUGUAUACCAAAAGAGCUUGGCCGUGAGGCUAAUGUGGCUUCCGCGUGUUAUAGACAAGCAAAAGCCGGCGAGCAUGGGUGACCAUGGCAUUUACAAGCAAGCAGGUUGUGUGCUAGAGAACGUCUGGUUGUUGUAGAAUGAGGUCUAGGCUAGGCUCAUCUACAGGCUGUCUCUUUUCUUUUCCG